AACGUUGCUCCGCCCGAGGUUGCCACGUUGAUGCGCGUCCAAAGCGUGACCUGGAAAUGUAUACGGCGUGCUACCAUCUCUUACCAUGUUGAGCGUGCUCUUCGCCGUUCGUGUCUCGAGCCAAAGUCAAGCGGAGCAGCGAUCGGCGCGAGCAUUACGGACGUACGGAGGAUUUUGCUUGAACUUGCUGCCGUCUUGCGGAGUGGCAUCUCUGGAUCGGCGGCGGUGCGCAUCUCAAAGUAAUCGAGAAGUCGCCGAUCUUUGCGAUGUUGGCUACGCGAGCGACCACCGACAUAUCUAAUUGAACGGGUCAGUGACUUUGAAGAAUAAAAGGGUCAGCGGAUGACAGAAUGCCUGCUACUACCUUGACUGA